AUGGGGACCACUCAUCAGGAGAGCCGUGGUGCACUAUGUACUAGUUCAGACGAACAAGUGUGUAAGGGGGGACCACUCACCAGGAGAGCGGUGGUGCACAAUGUACUAGUUCAGAUGAACAAGUGUGCAAGCAGGGGGACCACUCAUCAGGAGAGCCGUGGUGCACUAUGUACUAGUUCAGAUGAACAAGCACAGUUUCCUAGCAACCAGGCAGAAGCAUCUGCGUUCAGGAAGACUUUGAGCAGCCGCUCAAGCCUUCCAAUGCCCAAGCCUGCCUGCGGGUACCAGGAAGAGCAGAAGCGCUACGUCAGCUCCAGUUGGCUAUCAGGUGAAGCGCAAGCUAUCCGCUCAGCCCUGGCCUUCCGCCAUGGAAAAGAGUCGUGUAAAGCAGGAGGUGAAGAGGCUGCUGCCCACUAUGACCUGGCCGUCAGUGUUGCUUGUCAAUGGGUAGAUCCCUCAGAAGAUUUAACUUGGCUCCAGUGGGAGAAAGUGAAAGCGCCACUUCACGGCAGACCCUUGUAUCCAAACCGAAGAGAGCGCGAAGCAGUGAUCUUAUCAUCUUACGCCGGAGUCUUAAUGAACAGUAUCCCAAUUGAGGAAGUCCUGAAAAUUUACGGGGCCUAUUCUUCUACUGAACCUGAUUCUACAAAGGUCUCCCCGGCUCUGCUGCCCCGCCGCUCCUUGCACCCUUUCGCCAUGUUGACAGCACCCGACGCAGCAGCAGCCGAGUGCAACCGCAGACAGAGUGUCAAGCUGAGGAGAGGGGCAAUACCAAAAAAUGCCUCCAGCGGCUCUACCAAGAAAGCAAUGGUUCAGAAUGGAAAUCCUGGAAAAGAUGCUCAUAUGCACAGCUCAAGAACAAGGUCACCUAGGAAUGAGAACUAGUACCGUGAUGCAUAACAGAGCCUCUGGGAGCAGACCGGAAGCUUCGCCUUAAAGCCACAAUCAUCUCUGUAGUCAGCCAUUGCUGUAAACGGCAUUGCCUCUCCAGCAUGCCCUUAGCCUUCUUCUCUUGGAAGCGUAUUGCACACCUAUAUUUUGGCAAAAGGAAAAAAAUGUGUAUAUCCUAUGCUAUUUCAUUUUAUGCCUGGAAAACUGCUGGAGAAUUUGUAGGGGCUCACUGUUCCUGGAUGGGUGGGUUUAGACAAUCUGGUUUUGAUACACAUUUUAGCAAAUGUGUCGCAUUAAA